UUUAAUUAGGUCACAAUUUUUAUGAGAAAAAGGGAAGGGAGUGAGAAAUAGAUAGAGAAAAGAGAGGAAAAAAAAUACAUAAAAAUUUUGGGUAGAAAUGGUAAGAGAAACUAAAAAAUUUGUUAAAUCUCAUUUGACAGAGCUUCUUAGGUUAUUUGUAAAAUUUAAAAUAUCGUCUCAAUGUUAAAAAAAAAAAAAGUAAUGGAAAUGUCCAUAAGAAUAUAGUCAUAUGCCAAAAGAGAAUUAGAAACGUAAUUAGGCAAAAUGACAAAUUUUAUAUUCAAAUAUUGUGUCAAACCAGGUUCAACCUCCCGGAGACCACCAAGAGUCCGAUCAACAUUCCGAUUCCGUCGCACCCAGAAACCUCUCGACAGUUGCGAACUAUGGGGCCAUUCUUUCACCAGAAUUUCUUGCGCUCUACAACUGAUUUCUCCACCACUGAAUGUCCUCCAACAACGCCUUCUUCGAAUCCAAUAUUCCUUCUUACUCUAAUAUUGCCUUUACAAGUUUCUCGCCAUUGGAGGGUGACAACACUUUUCUCUCUACACAACCAAAAACUCCUUCUCCAAGUCUCUCGGUCGGUAUUCUCACGGUUUGUGUGAUCUACGCUUUCGAAAUUUCUUAAGUUUCGGUGUCUGUUCGACAAUGGCGGAGCAGGUAAUGGUGAUUGGCGUCGAUGAAAGUGAGCACAGCUUCUAUGCCUUGAAUUGGACGCUCCAACAUUUCUUUGGCCCUAACGCUACUCCUUACAAGCUUGUUAUUGUCAACGCUAAACCACCUCCCUCUAGCUUUCUUGGAGUCGCCGGCCCAGCCCUGGAUGUGUUGCCCAUGCUCGAUGCAGAUUUGAAGAAAAUAGCUGAUAGAACUGUCCAAAAAGCGAAGGAUAUAUGCAUCGAACACAAGGUUCAAGACGUGCAGACUGAAGUUUUGGAGGGUGAUGCCAGAACUGUAAUGUGCGAUUCAGUAGAAAAAUUCCAUGCAUCCAUUUUGGUUGUUGGAAGUCAUAAUUAUGGAGUAGUAAAAAGGAUGGGACUGGGCAGUGUAAGUGACUUCUGUGCUCACCAUGCCCAUUGCUCUGUCAUGAUUGUGAAGAGGCCACCCAAGCCCAUGAGCAUCAGCUGAACCUGAUCUACAUAUCUUCAGAACUUGGAGGCUCUGUGACUGAGCUUCGUUACUCAUCUCAAAACUAAGUUAAAGAUAUUUCUUGUUAUUUAGUAAUUUUGAAAAUGUAUUAAAUUCUAGAAACUAGACUCCAAUUCAACUAUUUUUGGUAAAAUGUGAUUGUCGUUACCAACUAUAUAUGAAGUUGAAUCUCAAUUAAUAUUAAUUAA